UCCAGUGAUUUGGAUUGAUCCAGGAGGAAUAGACGUGUCUGCAGAGCUCCAGCGAUGGCCCUCAGUGACAUCAGACGGGUCCUGAUCAGUGACAGCCUGGCACCGGCCUGUGCCCGCAUCCUGACAUCCCAGGGGGGCAUCCAAGUCACCGAAUGUCCAGGACUGACCCCCAAGGAGCUCAUCGCCAAAAUCCAGGACUAUGAUGGGCUCAUUGUACGGUCAGCCACCAAGGUAAGCGUGGAGGUCCUGAGCGCCGGCAGGAGGCUGAAGGUGGUUGGACGAGCCGGGACCGGAGUGGACAAUGUGGAUGUGGAUGCCGCCACCAAGAAUGGGAUCAUUGUAAUGAACACCCCCACCGGGAACAGUAUCAGUGCCGCUGAGCUGACCUGUGGACUUAUCCUCAGCCUCUCCAGGCAGAUCCCCCAGGCGGCGGCAUCCAUGAAGGACGGCAAGUGGGACCGCAAGAAGUAUAUGGGCUCCGAGCUGCAUGGGAAGACGCUGGGAAUUCUGGGAUUGGGCCGGAUUGGAAAGGAAGUGGCUACCAGGAUGCAGUCAUUCCAGAUGAAGACCAUCGGAUACGACCCCAUCAUCCCCCCGGGGGUGACGGCGGAAUUUGGGGUUCAGCAGUUUUCACUGGAAGAAAUAUGGCCGCAGUGCGACUACAUCACGGUGCACACCCCGCUGCUGCCCUCCACCACAGGUUUGAUUAAUGACGCGGCUUUCGCUAAGUGUAAACGCGGCGUGCAGGUGAUAAACUGCGCCCGGGGGGGCAUCAUUGACGAGGCGGCAUUGUUACGGGCCCUUGAGAGUGGCCAAUGUGGAGGCGCGGGGCUCGAUGUCUUCACAGAGGAACCUCCCCGGGAUCGGGCCCUGGUAGACCACCCUCUGGUGAUUAGCCUCCCCCAUCUGGGGGCCAGCACAAACGAAGCUCAGAACCGUUGCGGGGAGGAGAUUGCGCAGCAGAUUGUGGAUCUGGUGAAGGAACGCGCUCUUGUCGGAGCAGUCAAUGCUCCGGCCCUGACCAAGGCGUUCUCCCCAGAAACCAAACCCUGGGUCAAGCUGGGUGAGGCGCUGGGAGUCGUCCUCCGCUCCCUGGUGCCAGAAGUCAGUGGAGAGGUCCAAGUGACCACAUCAGGAGACAUUCUGAAGAGCUCGGGCUCCUUCCUCUGCUCCGCUGUGGCCAUUGGUCUUCUCCAAAACUCUGACAAGAAGGUCAACCUGGUCAAUUCCUCUCUGUUCGCCAAGGAAGUUGGAAUCCAGGUGACGUCCGGCCAUUCCGUAGACUCAUCGGAGGCCAGGCUGGAGGUAUCUGCGGGCAAUAUUCAUCUAGUUGGUGGUCUGAGCGGAUCCCUUCCGUGUCUACUCCAAGUUUCAUCUUCACUCUUCCAUAGCCCGGUAUCACUGAGUGGGACUCUUCUUCUGUGGACCGGUGAGGCCGAUCUCAACAAAUUACUGGGUCUCCUCUCCUCCACCGGACAUCAUCUAGAAUCAUUCCACAAUGCCGGAGGGUACAGCAUAGCGACCAUCUCUGGGCCCCUCUCCGAUCUGUCACCCCUGGGAUCCUGCCUGCAGGUCACCCUCUGAUCACCUGAUCUCUUCUGACCAUCAAAGUGCCAUAUCCAUUCCUAUUAGUUCAUAAAGUAUUGCUGGU